GCCAAACAUGUUAAUAGAAGUUAUUGAAUAUAAUUAUUAUUUACUUAUUUAUUUUAGUUAUCAAGUGGGAAUCCUGUAUAUGAAAAAUACUAUAGACAGGUUGAUACAGGCAAUACUGGAAGGGUGUUGGCUUCAGAUGCUGCUGCUUUUCUGAAAAAGUCAGGGCUUCCAGACUUGAUACUUGGAAAGAUUUGGGAUUUAGCUGACACAGAUGGCAAAGGCAUCCUGAACAAACAAGAAUUCUUUGUGGCUUUGCGUCUUGUAGCAUGUGCCCAGAAUGGAUUGGAGGUUUCACUGAAUAGCUUGAACUUGGCUGUUCCUCCACCAAGAUUUCAUGAUACCAGUAGUCCUUUACUAACCAGCGGAACCCCUGCAGCUGAGCUUCCAUGGACUGUUAAAAGUGAAGAUAAGGCCAAAUAUGAUGCAAUUUUUGAUAGUUUAAGUCCAGUGGAUGGAUUUUUGUCUGGUGAUAAAGUGAAGCCAGUGUUGCUCAACUCUAAGUUACCUGUGGAAAUCCUUGGAAGAGUUUGGGAAUUGAGUGAUAUUGACCAUGAUGGAAAGCUUGACAGAGAUGAGUUUGCAGUUGCCAUGUUUUUGGUAUACUCCGCAUUGGAGAAGGAACCUGUGCCAAUGGCCUUGCCUCCAGCCUUGGUGCCACCUUCUAAAAGAAAAACGUGGGUUGUAUCCCCUGCAGAAAAAGCUAAGUAUGAUGAAAUCUUCCUGAAAACUGAUAAAGAUAUGGAUGGAUUUGUAUCAGGAUUGGAGGCCCGUGAAAUUUUCCUGAAAACAGGCUUACCGUCUACCUUACUGGCCCAUAUUUGGGCAUUAUGUGACACAAAGAACUGUGGGAAACUUUCAAAGGAUCAGUUUGCCUUGGCUUUCUACUUAAUCAAUCAAAAGUUAGUAAAGGGCAUUGAUCCUCCUCACAUUCUUAAUCCUGAGAUGAUUCCACCAUCAGACAGGACCAGUUUGCAAAAGAACAUCAUAGGAUCAAGUCCUGUUGCAGAUUUCUCUGCUAUUAAGGAGCUAGAUACACUUAACAAUGAAAUAGUUGACCUGCAGAGGGAAAAGAAUAAUGUGGAACAGGACCUUAAGGAGAAAGAAGAUACUAUUAAACAGAGGACAAGUGAGGUUCAGGAUCUUCAAGAUGAAGUUCAAAGGGAAAAUGUUAAUCUACAAAAACUACAGGCUCAAAAGCAGCAAGUACAGGAACUCCUUGAUGAACUGGAUGAGCAGAAAGCUCAGUUGGAGGAGCAACUCAAGGAAGUCAGAAAGAAAUGUGCUGAGGAGGCCCAGCUGAUCUCUUCUCUGAAAGCAGAAAUAACUAAUCAGGAAUCACAGAUCUCCACUUAUGAAGAAGAAUUGGCCAAAGCUAGAGAAGAGCUAAGUCGCCUACAACAAGAAACAGCAGAAUUGGAGGAGAGUGUGGAGUCAGGGAAAGCUCAGCUGGAACCUCUUCAACAGCACCUACAAGAUUCACAGCAGGAGAUCAGUUCAAUGCAAAUGAGACUCAUGGAAAUGAAAGAGCUGGAAAAUCAUAAUAAUCAGUCAAAUUGGUGCAGUAGUCCACACAGCAUUCUUGUAAAUGGUGCUACAGAUUAUUGCAGCCUCAGUACGAGCAGCAGUGAAACAGCCAACCUUAAUGAACAGGUUGAAGGCCAGAACAACCUGGAGUCCGAGCCCAUACAUCAGGAGUCUCCAGCAAGAAGUAGUCCUGAAAUAUCACCUGAUGUGAUUGAUGAAAAUGAAGUGGUAACUGCAUCUGUUAAUGAGAAAGUUUGUCCUGAAUUUGACAAUGACAAACAUGCAAAAGAGGAAGAUCCAUUUAAAUCAGAAUCAAGUUCACUGACAGGUCCAGUUGCAGAUACAAACUUGGAUUUUUUCCAAUCUGAUCCUUUUGUUGGCAGUGAUCCUUUCAAGGAUGAUCCUUUUGGGAAAAUUGAUCCAUUUGGUGGUGAUCCUUUCAAAGGUUCAGAUCCAUUUGCAUCUGACUCUUUCUUCAAGCAGUCUUCUACUGAUCCUUUUGCCACUUUAAGUAACGACCCUUUUAGUGCAUCCAGCCAGAGCAAUAAUACAUCAGUAGAAACAUUGAAGCACAAUGAUCCUUUUGCUCCUGGUGGGACAAUUGUUAUUGCAGCAAGUGAUUCAGCCACAGACCCCUUUGCUUCUGUUUUUGGAAAUGAAUCAUUUGAAGAUGGAUUUGCUGACUUCAGCACAUUGUCAAAGGCGAACAAUGAAGAUCCUUUUAAUUCAGCCACAUCAAGCUCUGUCAACAAUGUGGUCACUCCAAAAAAUGUGUUCGAUGAAACAUCCAUCAAGAGUGAAGAUGUACCCCCAGCACUGCCACCUAAGACGGGAACUCCAACAAGACCCUGCCCACCACCACCUGGGAAAAGACCCAUCAACAAAUUGGAUUCUUCUGAUCCCUUUAAAGUGAAUGAUCCAUUUCAGCCUUUCCCAGGCAAUGAUAGCCCCAAAGAAAAAGAUCCUGAUAUGUAUUGUGAUCCAUUCACUUCUUCUUCUACUUCCACUACCAAUAAAGAGGCUGACCCAAGCAAUUUUGCUAACUUCAGUGCUUAUCCCUCUGAAGAAGAUAUGAUUGAAUGGGCCAAGAGGGAGAGUGAGAGAGAGGAAGAGCAAAGGCUUGCCCGACUGAAUCAGCAAGAACAAGAAGACCUAGAACUGGCUAUUGCACUCAGCAAAUCUGAGAUAUCAGAAGCAUGAAGAAUUCUCUUGUCCUUUGUCUACAAUUCUCUUCUUCCUAAAUAUUGAUGCUAUUUACCAUGUAUAUCAAAACUACCUGUGAGCAUGGGAAUACAAAAGGUUUGAGAUUCCUGUAAAUGUGACAAAAGUCUAGGUUUUUUCUUUUGUACUCUCAGAUUUGACUUUUAUUAUUUCCUCUAAAAGCAGUAACCUAAUCAGACAGCUUUACCUAGGCCCUUGUUCUGGUGUGCAUUUACUGUGAGCUUCAGCCUGCCUGUGCUACUUUUACUUGUAAACCUAGAGCAUCCAAGCUUCUGCCUUCUGGAAUGUAGAGAAAUAGUUUCACCCCAUGCUACCUUUGUUCUGUGGUUAUUCUGAUUAGAGUCAGUUGAGUUUAUAAAGUUUGCAGUAUUCUCCCUUGAUUUUAAUGGUUGAAGGAGAGGAAGAGAACAAACAUCGCAUUUCUUUUAUGAUUGAUAUAAAUUGGCUAGUAUAAAGUACAUUUUUGUAUAUCCUUGGAGUAUAAAUACCAUUUAAUUUGUUUUUUAGAGAAAAGGAAAAAUAUUUUGCAUCAGUCUACUCCACUAUUGAAAAAAGGAUGCUUUAGAUUGAAUGAUUUUAACUUAAAACUUAAAUUUUUCCUAAAUAAAAAACAUUAAAAUCUCAUGUGGAAAUACAUUUUUUAAGACAAUUUUCUGUGGAUUUAAGGACUUUUAGGUCAACAGAUACCUCUCCAUAAAUUUGCUAAUUAACAAAAUCAGUUUCUUACAAGUAAAGUUUGUAAGAAAAUGUCCAUUUUAAGUGCCAGAUGUGAAGAAAAUUUAUCACUUAAAAUGUACCCAUCAGUAUAAGGUAAGCACAAAUCUUAAUUAACAUGCAACUGUUCUGCCUUUGCAGUGGCACUGUCCUCUUGAGUUCAUUUAGUUUACUAUUAUACUUUUGCAGAAGAAACAUUAGCAAGCUACAACUGGAAGGUACUUUAAUUUUUCAUGUAUAUUUUUGUUUUCUUUAAUGAAGUCUUAACUACUUGAAAUAUAAAAACUUUCACUGAAUACAAAUAGGAAAGGUGACAUGUAUUAUACCAUAUUGCUUUUUUGUCUUUGUAGUUUAAAUUAGUUUAUUUACUUCAUGUUUUUCACCUAUAAAAAGGGCAACCUACCCUUUUUUUUUUUUAAUUGGAAGG